GACGCACAAACAUCGGCGGGUCCGCUUAUUCUCUCGGUUUUUUUUUCUUAAAUGAUGCAGCUAGGCCGCUCGCGGUUGUCGAGGCACACGUGUCUGCGACCACUCGUUUGCCUGAUGGAGAGAGAUGACCGUUACAGCUGUUCGUUGUGCUUCGCACGGCGACCCCUCCAUGUCUCUCCGAGAAACUUUUUCUUAGGUUCACGCGGUGCAUGUGCGGUUGCCCGCGCCCCUCCGCCAGUGUCGCUGCAUGGCCAGCUAGAGGCACGACUGCUCGUGAGUCCCAUCACCCCAAACGAAGCGCUGAUGCUGCUCGCCUGCGCAUUUCCCGCGGUGUGCCACAUCGGCGUGGUGGAGCAUCUUGUCCACGUCAUACGAGGCAACGCGUGUUGUCUAGACCCCUCUCUGUGUCUCUCCUUCAUAGCGCGUCUGCUCUUCCCUGCCCUCCCAUGCGGCCUUUGCAGUAUGGAUGACGAAAGAGACUUGGAAGACGAAUUGAUGGAAGGGAUUCAGCGCCGCGUACCAUUGGUCGCAACGUCCCUUAACGACGCAGCGGUGCGAGUGGCGCUGACACCGCUGUGCGAAACGUUGGCGCAAUGUAUUAUGAUUUCUCUGCAGGUGCAACUGGCGGAAACGCAUGUGCCUUGUACGCAGGCGCGUUGUGACUCGACUGCGCAGCUGUGGGAGAAGAGGGCGGGCGCGUCUUGCUUCGGUUCCGAAGCGAUGAACAACGGCAGAGGACAAACAUUUAUAACGGACGAGUCGGCUUUGCUCGAGCGCGGCGCCGCGUUGCUUCUCGCACUCGUUGCCACGCCUCCUUUUUCUCUUCCUCCUACUUUUACGAAGCGAGACGGAUUACAGAAUUCAGACGACUCUCCGGGUGGGCUCAUGUGGCAGAAACCGGUCUGUGCGAGCCUCAUGUGCGCUGCUGUUCAACGUCUCAUGGAACGUGGCGCAGCGGAUUGCCGGGCGUCAGGGCCCGGUGACACUUCGCUGCCGAAAUUGUCGGAGUCUUCUGCGGCGUCGCGCGCGAUGCACUCCGCGCGAGCUGCAGGCGCAACUACUGCCGCUCACGGCGUUGUGACGCCGACUGAGGGGUUGUAUUGGGUGCGGUUCUGCAAGGCGGCGCAGCGCUGCUGGCAUUGGUCCAUGCUGGUGUGUUGCGCAACACCGAUGCUGCCUUCGCGCGCACUACGGGCUUUCGCCGUCGAUUCGCUCGUCGAGUCGUUGCAAAAGCUGCACCAAUGUCUCGCUGCAGAGUCAGAAAAUGAUCAAGUAGGGUUGCGAUCGGCGCUUUCGGGUGUGUCUGCGUGGUCGAGGCGGUUGCGUGUUGCCUGCGCGGAGGUGUUGUCGUGGCUGCUGACCCGCAGCCUUCCUGCUGUAAACGCCGUAAAAGGAGUCAAGGAACGCUCGCUCGCAGACGAAGGCGGCACCGCAGCCGGUGCAGACGCGCGCAAUGCUGGGCAUCGUUGUCUGUGGACGACGGAGCUGCGAAGCGCCUUGCUGGUGCUCGCAAACGACUUCGCAGAUGUGGCUAUUUAUUUAGUACAGGAAGGCGUGUCAUGCUGUCUUCGUCACAACGACACAGACCGACUCUGGAGUGAGCAGGUUUCUUUGGUGCCGAUGAUGACCUCCGUCGCAUUUCGCCUCUCCCUCCAGUUUGCCGCGUCGCCGCCGCGCAGCACGCCUGCUGCGUUGUCGGAGGUGAACGUUGCACGUCGUUUGGUGUAUGCUGUGUCAUCUCUGAACUUGCGAAUUGGUGUUGUCUCCCCAGCGUGCGCAGCAAGCGCCGCUGCGAGUGCCGAAGCGAUCAACGACACAACGAGACCGAUGGAUGACGAAUCUUCGAGGGUGAGCAAAGACCCGUCUUACGUCUUGAUUGCAGAGGAGACGUGGUGCAAACUGGCAUGUGUGCAGCGAUUUGUGCUGUCAAAAACUUCCGUUUCUUUGUCAAACCAAGCGAGCAGCCCUGCUGUUUCAUUGGUAGACGAAAUGCCCUUAGAACACAUAUUGCCCUACGAGCGACUCCUGCGCAUUGGUGUACUUCACUUGAGUCUCUCUUCGACUUCCAUGAUGGCAGGCCUAGAGAAGGACGAGGAGUGCGUUACGGGAUGUCAGCAAGACGCAGCCGAUACACUCCGGCAGAUGGGGAUGGCCUCCACCACUGAUUCAACCCCGCUUUUCUCACUUGAAUUUAUUUUCACGUUUGUACGGUGUUGGCGGGCGUGGCUGCACGCGUGCCCCGGUGCGUCUUGCGUAGGUUGGCUGGGCGGUAUGGUUGACAGCGGCGGUGUAUCUCCCGCCACGGCGGCGCGACGGACUUUGGGCGGUCGAAUGAACAGCCAAAACGGCACGUCGCUGCUCAAAGAUCACAACAGCGUCGCCGAGACGCGUGUAGUCUUACCAGCAGCGAAGGACACCCGCGAAAAAGCGUGUUUUUUCGAUGCGGAGAACUCGCUGCCUUCUCUGCAUCAGUUGUCUCUGUGGCUGGUGGAGACGUGGGUCGCGUCGCUCAGCUCUGAGGAGCAGGAUCGCAGCCCUCUCGAUGUGUGUGCGUGCUGGUCCGCGCUAUCUACGCCGCCUCUCGUCCGUCACAGCACCGUGCCAGCUUCGCCACGUGCGACGCAUGAAAUCCUUUUCGCGUGCGAGCAGCGCCUAUCUCGGCAGUGCGGGGACUAUCUGUCGCAAGCAUGCAACGCGAGGCAUGACCCAACCCUCUGCGGGCUCCUUCAGAGGUGCGAAAUGCGGCCCCGACUGUGCAAGGCUGGAGAGGCGGCACCGAUGACCGCCGGGUUGGACGGCGCGGAUGACGCCUCGAACCGACGGUGGCGUCCCAUGUACGCACCCCCCUUUAUCUCCCACGUCGGACUGCGGCUGUUACGGGCGGAGUCGCUGCUCAUAAGAGGGGAGUUUGCAGACGCAGGAGACGACGGCUUGCGACUGCCGCUGGCGGAGACGGUGGUGGAUCUCCUGCGACGCACGAUCGAGUCGCCGCUAUCGAUGGAGGUGACGUUUUUUCAGCUGUCGAUGAUCACAAAGUACGUGGAGUGGUGUGAGGCGGCGGCCGUGCACACCGGGUGGGGCACGCUGAGCGUUGAAGACUGCCGUCGCGAAGCAGACGGCGAUGAAAACGUGGAAUCGGAUGCUUCAGGCCGCACGCAGCUGGGCGCGAGUGCACCGUGGUGCAUCCUCACUGUGGAAGGCUUUCCAUCAAGCAGCGGCUUACCUGGCAAAGCGGACAUGGCAGCCCUUGUCUACUUGUGGCGCCUGUGCGACGGCGCUGCGACUGCAGUGCCGCAGCAAAAGUCCAUGCUUCGUGCACCGACAGGUGAAGGAAACGGUGUGGGUAGCGUCCGCGAAAAGUACGCUGUGAUGCCGUAUGAUCGCUCUUUAUGCGCAGUGUCGCCGCUUUCCGUCGUCGAAGCAUCAUACCGACGUGGGGCACAGCCGUGGCUGCGCCAGGCGGUGGACCAAUGGACGCGUCGCUACGCCUUUCGACUUCUUUUGUUUCUGCUUCAAGAAGAGUCCUGGCAACGGUAUCGGAAAGCAACGUCCCAUCACCGCAUUGCAGCGGCCCCUUCGCCACUCACUAAGAGCAUCGGGGUCGGUCCAAAAGCAUGGGAGCCAACGUACGCCGCUCCAUUUCAUUCGCCAAGAAGCCACGUGGGUGGCACUCGAACUUGCGCUCUCCCAUCCGUGUUGAUGACGCCGGACCAGUGCCACUCUUUUCUGUGGCGCAGCGAUGCUUGGCAGCCACUUCUCUGCAGCGCAGCGCGACGGCUGCUAAAGCGGGUCGCGCAGUUGACGACGGAGGUGCACAGCUACCGAAGGCUGUUCCAUUCUGGUGUGCCGUGUACAGUGGAGGACGCCCGGCACGAGGUGGCGCUGCUCCUCCACAGGUUGAGUGGGCAUUUUCACAUAGAAAGAACGAGGAGUUCGCUUGCCGCGUGUGUCGUGGCUGCCUUAGCAUCGAUCCGUGAAGGCGAGUCUUGUUCGUUGUCUGACACGACGAGUGACGCCAAAGGCCAUUCGACGUUCUCACCGUGGUUUCCGUCCCCGCACCAUUCCCAGCCGCUCGCUGAUCCGGUGCGGGAGCUGGAGGAGAAACUGAUGUCUCUCGGACUGGCUGCGUCGAGCACCUUUGAUCGUUGCGGUUCAUCUGACCGCAUAGGUAUUGACCAAACUGUGGGGGAAUGGGAUGAUGGGGAUGCUGACGAUACGGCUGCUUCAGUCGCAGAAGAGGCGCGUGCGAUGCUGACCACGCUCUGCGCCGCUCCUGCGCUUACGUUUCUCACGUCGCCUCGCGUCCUGCGGUUCACAGAGGAGGUGUGGCGUACAUGCUGGGUGUGGCUUUUGCAGUUUUCCCGCGACACAGUCACUGGGCAGCGAACACAUCAUCGAUGUGAUGGUACUUCAGAAACAGACAGCAUGUGGCGCGACGCGCACCUGAUCAGUGAAACCGCCGAAUUGGAUGCGCUGGUAUCGUGCCGCGCCAUGCUGCACGCCACUCGUCACUUUCACGUGCUCGCCGCGGAAUUGCUAGAGUACCUGUGCACGGUAUACGUUCCAGCGUUGACGGCGUCCGCCGACGGCUUCUUCUCUUGCUUUGUCACCACCCCAGUUGAGGCGCUGGAGCGUCAGCUGACGGCGGGAGAUGCCACGUGCGACUCCCAAGUAUCGUGUUGUGCUCCUCUGCAGUUAGGUGCCUCGGACAGGGGUAACUUUCGUUUCUCUGCGUCGUCGCUGCGCACGUAUGAGGUGUUGUGUCUCGGCUGUUUUGGCAAAGGGGAGCGACGACCUCCGUGUGUGUGGCAGCGGUGGAUGCAAGAGCUGGUGCACGGGGAUGCUGCACUUCAGGAACACCGUCUUGUGCAUUGGAGGUCGCGUCUUGCGUGCUGA